AUAAAUGGCCAAGAUGUCCAGAAUCGUGAAGAGGCAGUGGCUUUGCUUUCCAGUGAAGAAUGCAAGAAAAUUGUGUUGCUGGUCGCAAGACCGGAGAUGCAGCUGGAGGAUGGGUGGCUGGAUGAUGAAAGGAAUGAAUUCUUAGAGGAGUUAAACUUGGAAAUGUUGGAAGAGCAGCAUAAUGAAGUGGUACAGUACACAGCCAACGAGGUGGAGCAGCCAAAGAAACAUGAAGAGGAGGAUGGCACUACAGACACUGCAACCUCGUCAUCCAACAAUCAUGAGAAGGACAGUGGGGUGGGACCUACAGAUGAAAGUCUACGUAAUGACGAGAGCUCAGAGCAAGAAAAUGCACCUGAGGAGCAGAACAGCACUACCCUGCAGAGCAAAUGGGAGCUGGGCCACAGCCAAGAUACUGUAGGAAGUGCUGAGCUCCAGUGCAAUGAAAGCUUUGUGUCUGGGGAAUACAUUGAAUCUGAUUUCAUAGGAAACCCAAAGGAGGAAUGUGAAAGGUUUCGGCAGCUGUUGGAACUGAAGUGCAAGAUUCGAAACCACGGGGAGUAUGACCUUUAUUACUCGAGCAGCACAAUAGAGUGCAACAGAAGAGAGCAAGAUGGAGUGGAGCAUGAGCUGCAGCUACUCAAUGAGGAACUGAGGAACAUUGAACUUGAAUGUCAGAAUAUUAUGCAAGCUCACCGGCUCCAAAAAGUGAGGAAUCAGUAUGGCGACAUUUGGGCUUUACAUGAUGAAGGGUUCAGGAAUUAUAACACCAGCAUAGAUGUACAAAGAGGCAAACUGGAUGACAUCAUGGAGCACCCUGAGAAGUCUGACAAGGACAGCUCUAGUGCCUACAACACGGCCGAAAGUUGCAGGAGCACUCCACUGACAGUGGAGCGAUCCCCUGAUAACUCUCUCCAGAGGAUGAUCAGCAUCACCAACAGGAAAAACCUGAGGAGCACAAUCGUGGCUAAUCAGUCAUCCUCAGGACAAAGCAACAGAGAGGCAACCUCAGCCAAAACCAAACCGACUGAGCAGAACAGUGCUGCCGAGGAUGCAGCACUGGCAUCAGAGAGCAGCAAAUUCACAGACCAGGAAAAUCAGAGCAGUGAGCACAUUCCCUACCUGUCUCCAUAUCACAGCUCUUCUUACAGGUACGGGAAUAUACCCGCUCAUGCAAAGCAUUAUCAAAGCUAUAUGCAACUGAUCCAGCAGAAGUCUGCUGUGGAGUAUGCCCAAAGCCAACUCAGCCUGGUGAGCAUGUGCAAAGACUCGCAGAAGUGUGCAGAGCCCAAGAUGGAAUGGAAAGUGAAAAUAAGGAGUGAUGGGACGAGGUACAUCACAAAGAGACCAGUUCGAGACAGAAUCCUGAAAGAACGUGCCUUAAAAAUUAAAGAGGAGCGCAGUGGGAUGACGACAGAUGAUGAUACAAUGAGUGAGAUGAAGAUGGGUCGCUACUGGAGCAAAGAAGAGAGGAAGCAGCAUUUGGUACGAGCUAAGGAACAGAGGAGACGGCGGGAGUUCAUGAUGAGGAGCAGGCUGGAGUGUCUUAAGGAAAGUCCGCAGAGUGGCAGCGAGGGCAAAAAGGAAAUUAACAUUAUUGAACUAAGUCACAAAAAGAUGAUGAAAAAGAGAAACAAGAAAAUCUUGGACAACUGGAUGACAAUCCAAGAACUGAUGACACACGGUGCUAAGUCUCCAGAUGGCACAAGAGUGCACAAUGCCUUUUUAUCAGUUACUACUGUAUGAACACAACUUCUUUCAGAGAGUAUACUACCAGUUUAAGGUAGAGUACGAUUGCCUCGUUCAAUGUGGCAUUUUUAUAUAUUUUGUGACUGUUUAUAGUUUGACCUUUUUUGUAAGCAAAAUUACCUGGUAAUUUUUCAUUGGUUUUUCAUAUAACGGUACCUUCUUUGUCUGGCAGUCUUUCUUUAUCCUGCAAUAUAUUCAUAUUAUUCAUUUGUAAAAAAAAAAAAAAAAAAAAAAAGAAAAACAAAAGCAAAACAAAAAAGUGGAGAAGCCACUUAAUUUCUUAACCUAAUACUUAUCCUGUAAGUUAAGAUCUGGAUUUAUUUCUCUAGUUUUCUUUUUUCUACUUUAGUAACAAUUCAAUACCAAAACGAAAUGCUUUAUACUGUAUCCUUGGCUUAACAAGUUUUAAAGUUUUACAUCUUAGAUUGCAUCUGUUUAUAAAUCAUAUGCCACAUCCCAUCGUAUAGAUAAGAAUGACAUUUUUUCCAAGUACACCUUGU